AUGGAUACCAGGCACAAAGAGCCGGGCCGGGCAGUCACACGGCAGGUACUGUUGUUUCCCUUCUUAUUGUCUUUGUUCUGCCGGGCGGUCUCGGAGCAGAUUCGUUAUUCGAUUCCGGAGGAAAUGGCCAAAGGUUCCCUUGUGGGGAAUCUCGCCAAGGAUUUAGGACUGAGUGUGAGAGAACUGCCGAACAGAAAGCUCCGUGUCAGUUCGGAAAAGCAAUACUUCAGUGUGAAUGAAGAAAAUGGCAACCUGUAUGUGAAUGACAGGAUAGACCGGGAAGAGAUAUGCGGGACAUCUCAACUCUGCAUCAUACAUUUCGAAACUGUGCUGGAAAAUCCCUUGAAUAUUUUCCACAUAAAUAUCGCGAUCCAGGACAUUAACGAUAAUGCCCCGCGAUUUUUAAAAGAUAAUAUCAAACUAGAGAUGAGUGAAUCUACUUUACCAGGUGCCCGUUUUCUCCUGGGAAAUGCUGAAGAUCCUGACGUUGGGAAGAAUGCUCUGCAGAGUUAUCAGUUGAGCCCCAAUCAGGAUUUCAUCCUGGAAGUCAAAGAGAGCCGGGAUGGUAAUAAAUAUGCAGAUUUAGUGCUGCAGAAACCCCUGGAUCGGGAAAGCCAGAGCAGCCUUCACUUGAUCCUCACGGCUGUGGAUGGGGGAGAGCCGCAGAGAACUGGGAACGCCAAGAUAUGGAUUAAUGUCACCGACGCCAAUGACAACCCCCCCGUCUUCACUCAGGAGAUCUACAAAGUCAGCCUGAGGGAAAAUACACCGACGGGCUCUUUAGUGCUUCAGGUUAAAGCCAACGACAGCGAUGAAGGUUCGUAUGCUCAGAUCAGCUACGUCUUCAGCAACAUUCCAGAAAAGGCCCGUCAGAAAUUCAGUCUGGACCCAGAAACCGGGGAAAUUACAGUAAAGGAGCCCUUGGACUUUGAAGAGACACGUGACUACACCCUGAUAGUAGAAGCAAAGGAUGGAGGCGGACUAGUGACACACUGCAAAGUGGAGAUCGAGGUUCUUGAUGAGAAUGACAAUGCCCCGGAGGUGACACUCGCAUCCCUGGCCAGCCGCAUUUCCGAAGACUCAGUGCCCGGGACAGUGAUAGCUCUGAUCAAAGUUCGAGACCGAGAUGACGGAGAAAAUGGGAAGGUCUCCUGUCGUUUACAAGAAGAUUUACCGUUUAAAAUUUUAUCGUCUUCCAAUAAUUACUACAAGCUUCUCACAGAGAGCACCCUGGACAGAGAAAGGACUCCGGAAUACAAUAUCACAAUCACAGCCAUAGACAAAGGCUCUCCCAUCCUCUCCACCCAGAAAACCAUCCUGUUGCAAAUCUCCGAUAUCAAUGACAACGCCCCUGUCUUUGAGAAACCUUCCUACACCGCCUAUGUGCCAGAGAACAAUCCCUCGGGGGCCUCUAUUUUCAGUGUAAAAGCCUCAGACCGGGAUCUGGACCGGAACGCCCGAAUCACUUACUCCAUCCUGAGCAGCAACCUCCAGGAGCUGCCUCUCUCCUCCUACAUUUCCAUUAACUCCCAGACUGGAGCUAUCUAUGCGCAGCGCUCCUUCGACUACGAGCAAUUCCGGGAGUUUGAGAUGCAAGUGAAGGCCCGAGACAGCGGGUCCCCGCCUCUCAGCAGCAAUGUCACCGUCAGGGUGUUUAUUCUGGAUCAGAAUGAUAACGCCCCUCGCAUCCUGUACCCUUCCCUCGGAGCCGAUGGCUCCGCCUUGUUCGAGAUGGUCCCUCGCUCGGCCGAGGCAGGUUUUCUGGUGACUAAGGUGGUGGCGGUGGAUGCUGACUCAGGACACAAUGCCUGGCUCUCCUACCAUCUGCUCCAAGCCACGGAACCGACGCUCUUCAGCAUGGGGCUGCACAGCGGGGAGAUCCGGACAGCCCGCGCCUUUGCGGACAGAGAUGCUAUGAAGCACAGGCUGGUCACCCUGGUGAAAGAUAACGGACAGCCGCCUCUCUCCGCCACAGUGACUCUCAACCUGGUGUUUGCUGAGAACUUCCAAGAGGCUCUUCCGGAAAUGAGCGACCAAUCGGGUGACUCGGAAUCUCAGUCUGGCUUUACUAUUAUAUUGGUGGUAGCUCUAGCUUUGAUCUCAUUUUUGUUUCUCCUGACAGUGACACUGGCCAUUAUGAUGAAAUUGAGAAAGUCAAGGAAACCCAAAUUACUUCAGUGUUUUGGCCCUGACCCUUAUUCCAAGACCAGCUCUAUGUUCUCACCAAACUAUCAAGAUGGGACUUUGCCUUAUUCCUACCAGCUGUGUUUAUCCUCAGACGCCCGAAUGAAUGAAUUCACUUUCGCGCAGCCUAUUGUGCAGAUGAACGAGAAUAUUCUGUGCAGUGACAGCUCAGGGACGGUAUUUAUGUGCGAUGGAUCUAGCAACUUAAAAGCUGAGACAGAGACUGUUGUGGAGGUGAGCUUCCGUUUUCAUGCAUUAUAUAUUUUCCUAUCCAUCUUUGAAUGA